UCAUAAAAGAUUCAAUACCUAUGUUUCUAUAUCAAGAAUAGCUGAGCUCUUUGCUUUCUUAAGGGACAAGAAAGAAAACUUGGCUCGAUUUUCACUAUGAAUUCUGUCUCGUCAAGCUCUAAAGUUACCUUACCAUUUCUCCACAAAAAAGAGAGAGUUUGAGACUAAUCCAAUAAGAGAGAUAGAGGCGUGGGAUUUCUUCGAGUAAAAAUUAUCAUUUGACACAUUUGGUCCUUUUUUCUCUAAAAUAUGUCAUGAAGGCGGUAACCAAAACAACCAAAAUACAAGAUCGAAUCUAUCGACACAUGAUAGUACGUAAGUAAUCGGACUACUGAUGAAAGAGCCUUUUCUUGCACUUCCAUAAGGUUAAUAAGAAGUUUGAAAAUCACUAAGGCCUUCUAGACUUGGAAGAAAGACAUGGGAUUUCUUCGAGUCACAAAUUUUUUCGUCUAGUGUGUAAAGAUUAUCAUUUGAAGCAUCUGGUCCAUUUUUUCUCUAAAAUAUGUCAAGAAUGCGGUAACCCAGGCAAUCAAAAUACAAGACCGAAUCUAACGACACACGAUAGUCUGUAAGUAAUCGGACUGUCGGUGAAAGAGCCUUUCAUGAUCCUUCGAUAAGGUUAAUAACGAGUUUGAAAAUCACUAAGGCCUUCUCAACUUGGAAGAGUUUACAGUGAGAGAGGGAGUGGUUGCCACUUUUGAGAGAGAAUAUAUCAUGUCUUAAGGGGUAAUUCUGGCUCUAGAAGGAUGUGCUUCAAGCCUAGUCCUUAAAUCUGAAAAUGGUACUUCUCAGUUUGCUAUCAGGUUUCAACAUUAUGGUAUUAUUAACUUCUGUCUUGUCGAAUUGCAAAUGCUCGAAAUCAUAUGUUCCCGAUUUGAAACUUGUACUCAUUGGGGUGACUCUUGAACAAGCAUUUCGAUUUCGAAGUAGUGUUUCUUCAACUUGAUUGUGGAUUGAAUUCAGAUGUGGUUGGAGGUCCAGUAUUACGAGAUUGUGUUUAGAUGGCGACAUGUCUAAACUUUAAUAUUUGUUUCGAGUUCUUCGUUAUCCUAAGAAGUGUCAACUUAACUACUCAUAAAGUUGCACAAGUGUUGUUCGCAUUUUAUUUUGUCUGUCUAACUAUGCUUCUCAUAAGUCAUAACAUUUGAUUUACGGAAAUACAAUUGGCUCUCUGGAGUUGACGUAUCUUAAAUCUGUUGGAUGAAUAAGAAAUGGUCUUGCAGUUUAUGGCCUGCCUACCUCUGGGCCUCACUAACCAGCCAAAUUUGGGCCGGGAACGAGAAGGAUGAGCUCAAUAAGGCCCAUUGCUCAGUUCCAUUUCUGGCGGGAAAAUUACUAAUUGUCACCCAAUGCCCACUGCCAACUCUUGCUCUCCUCCCCGGCGGGAUUAUCCGACCAGCGAUGGCGACGUUAGAAGAAAUUACCCAACUCAUCUCAGGGUUGGCCCUGCAGCUGAAAGCCCAGCCGCCGACUGAGGAAUGUGAACAAAGUUCUUCUCUUGACUUGUCUAUUGCGAAGCUCACUCAGUCCCUCAACCUCGACGACGACGACGACGGCGCUUCGACGUCUAGGGUUUUGGACACCGCUCUGUCACUUAUGUGCUUCAAGGCUCCGCAGGUGUUCGAUUCUGUUCUCGAGUAUUCUGUGAAGACGAUUGCCAGCGUGUUGUCUUCGUCGGUAGGCUGUAAGGUCUUUCGGCUAGGGAAAGAAGAGGUUCUUCGUGUAGGGAGCUCGAUUUCUCGUCGUGAUUGCUUCGAUCUGAUUGAUGUCGUUGGUGGUGAUACACUGUCAGACUUGGAGGAGCGCGGUGUGCCUUCUCUUUUGCUAUUACAUGCUCUCCUUAGAGCCGCUGUAUCCGCGCCAAGCUGUAGAUAUUUGGACCCAUCAAUGGUGGUUUUGGAUGCUGACUUGAGUGCCAGAAGAAGCAUUGCUGCCUCGAAGCUAGUCUCACACUUGCCUGUAGAAUUGUCUUCUGUGAAUGAUAAAGUACCAUUAAGGUUGUUGCUCUGGUUUCUUGAUCCACUGAUCUUAAAGCGUGAUAUUUCGGAGAUGUUGCAAGAAACUAUGAAUAGGCCUUUCCUUUCUUUACCCAAGGAACUUCAUGAAAGGAAGGAUUGGCACUCUAUUCUUAUAUGCUUGGUACUUUCUCCUGCUAUGUUCACUGCUACCAGAGCUUUAUUGCAUGAUUGGUUCCUGCUUACGGGCCUGAGAUCUAUACUGCAACUUCUGAUUGAUUUAGUUUCGGUAGUCUUGGACGUAAUAUCCAUACCAACAAGGUCUUUAGCCGGACCAAUCUCUAGUGAAGGUCUCCUGCAAAUAGUUAACUGGAUCACUGACUUCAAACAGCCAGGUCCAUCAAUCAACCCAUCUGCAGCUAAAGUUGCAUUUUUAGAUCACAAAUCUCUGUGGUCCCUGGCUAUUAGCUUCCCAAGUUGGUUCUAUUUUGCCUCUGUUCUAGUAUUUGCUGACAAAAGUUUCAAAGAGGUGUUAUAUUUAGAAGGAACGGUAGGCGAAAAUGCAGCUGUUAGAUACCUUGCAUGGAUUUUGAACCCUUUUGAUAAAACUCGUCAAGAUCUACUCUCUGGUAAUCUAAUCAAGUUAGCACGGCAUUGGACUUCGAAACAAGUUGUCUCCAGUGUGCAGGAGACACGUACACUCGGGUUAAAGAGGAGACUUAAGAAACCCAAAGUCGAUGACAUAAGCAAGGAGGGGUUCACUUUUGGGAAUCAGCAUGGUUGUCAAGCAAUCAGCCUGUGGCUCCAGGAGUACCAGAAUACAGCCUAUGAAUGUGAUUUUGACCCACAAGUCAGCAUGUUUUUCAGGUGGAUACCAUUAGGCAUCUUUACUGGCUGGUGUUCAAGUGACAUAAAUGAAAGUGGAUGUGAGUUUCUCUUACACUAUGCAGCCACUGGUACCAUGUUACAUUCAGUUCGACGGAAUGAAGGGUUCGCUAUGAAGGAUGCUAUUGCUGGGGCCAGUCUCGUCUUCAACUUGACUGAUAUUGUUGACAGGAUGUCUGAAUCACUGUUUGAGACUGUAGGUAUUGCAGACAGUUAUAUUUGCAAGGUGAAAUCAAGAACUGCGAGAUACCUGAUAAAGUGUGUGCAGAGAUUAACCCAGCCCGACGCCUGCGAAGUUGCUGGAGUUCAAACGCUGUUGGAUCUUGUUAGCAGACUGGAGAAGUGGAGAACCCGAGGUCAAGAAGUAGCACUUAUUGAGGCAGAACUGGAGAAUGCCAUACAUGUCCUCAAGUCUAAAUUUUCUUCUACUUGAAGCACAUAUUGUGAAGUUUUUUUUCUUUUCUUUUGGAAACCAUCUUUUUCUGGAUCACGCAGCCGUAUCAGUAUGUACAGUAGGAGAGAUAAUUGAACAUAGAAGCUGGUGUUUAUUAACUUCAUCAAUUUUUAUUCAUAUGAAGGAGUAGCGGAAUGGGUAAAUUCCCUUUACAAGCUUGGAGAGAUUUCAAAAGAAGACUGAAAUGAAACCCAGGUAACCUAAAUGCUUGCUUGAAAUGAAUAGCUUUUCAGAGGACUAAUAUAAUAUCAAUCACAGC